AUGUUACUUCAGGUUGAAGAUAAAUCUCCCAAAGUAGUGAUGUUUGCUUCAAGGACCUUACAGGACUGUGAAAGACGAUAUGCCCAGAUAGAAAAGGAAGCUCUUGCAUGUGCAUGGGCCGCAGAAAAGUUUUCUAAGUUUUUAGUUGGAAAAAAAAUUAGAAUCCUAACAGACCACAAACCAUUAGUUUCGCUCCUUGGAAGCAAAGACCUAGACACAAUACCAGCUAGGAUUCAGAGAUUCAAAAUGCGAUUGAUGAAAUUUGACUACUCCAUCGAACACAUUCCCGGAAAAGAAAUGUUUACAGCAGACACAUUAAGCCGAGCGCCGAUCCCAGAUUCUACAGAUGAGUUCACAAAAGAGGUAGAGGCACACAUUAAGGUAAUAUCUUUAAACUUUCCAGCAACACAGUCAAGAUUGGAACAAAUAAAGAAUGCCCAGAUCCUGUGUGAAGAAUGUCAGAUGUUGGUGAAAUACACAGAAAAUGGAUGGCCUAAAUAUAAGAAGGAUGUGCCAGAGAGUAUGAGAAAGUGGUAUACCUUUAAAGACGACCUAUCUAUAAUAGAAGACUUGAUAUGUUAUAAAGAAAGAAUUAUUAUCCCAUUUGAACUUAGAAAAGAUAUCAUGAAUAAACUGCACGAUGGUCAUUUCGGGUCUACACGCACAGUCCUCCGAGCAAAACAAUCUGUGUUUUGGCCAGGAAUUACAACAGAGAUACAUAACUUGAUUGAAAAUUGUGACACUUGUGCUAAACACCAAAACCAAAAGUCAGAAAAAAUGAUUCAAUCAGACACUCCUGACUAUCCAUGGCAAAGAAUAGCAGUUGAUUACUUUGACUUUGUGAAAGGCAAAUACUUGGCUGUUGUGGACUAUUAUUCACGGUACUUGGAAAUGAUAAAUGUGUCCACAAUGACUGUAGAUGAACUAAUCAAGAAGAUGAAAGCCUGUUUUGCUCGACAUGGGAUCCCUGAAAUCGUAAUUUCUGAUUCUGGCUCACAGUUUACAAGCUCAGAAUGGAGAGCCUUUGCAGCCGAUUUUGGGUUUAAAACUAUUUGUUGUAGUCCCUUACACCAUCAGGCAAACGGUGAAGCUGAAAGAGCAGUCCAAACGCUUAAAAAGAUGCUUACAAAGAACAAAGACCCCACUCUUGCAUUACUGGAGUACAGGUCAACACCAGGUCCAUCAGGGUACAGCCCUUCGGAAUUGUUGAUGGGAAGAAGACUAAGAACACGACUACCGUCAUUGACGAAAGAUCUCAAGCCUAAAAUGGUAGAUCACAAGACAUUUAGAGAAUUGGACAAACUAUAUAGAACAACUCAAGCAGAUUACUUCAAUAAACGGCAUAGGGUGAGAGAUGAAAAGCAAUUCACUAUUGGGUGCAACGUGUAUAUUCCAGAUAGGAGAGAAGAUGGGAAGAUAGUUAAUAAGGUAGCUCCAAGAUCAUACACAGUUAAGACAAACGAAGGCAUGUUACGUCGCAAUGGGGUAAUGCUAAGACAACUACAACCCAAAACAUCUGAUGACCCUGGAACUGAGCCUAAUUGUUUUUCCUCAUUUGACUAUUAUGACCAUGAAGGGACAGCUUCAACUCUGGCUGCGUUGAAUGGAACAAUACUGCUAGGGAGAAAAAUGAAGGUGGAGUGGGCCAGUGACAAUGCCCGUCGAAAAGACUAUGUUAUAUUUGUCGGAGAUCUGUGCUCAACAAUUGAUGCUGUUAAGUUGAGAGAAGCGUUUGCUACGUUUGGUAAAAUCUCGGAUUGUAGAACAAUAGUGGACCUUGAAACACUCAAGUCAAGGUACUAUGGCUUUGUUUAG